GCACUAAACCAAGGUCAAUCUGGAGACGCAUUGCGAGUGUCAAAAACUGCAAGGCGUCCAGUUAACAGCUGGUUUACUUAAACCUCGCAAACUUUCGUUAGAAGAUCUAACGACUCGUACCUCAGCGGUCACAGCUCGGCCCCCGACCCAACGGAGACCCACACUCACCCCCUUAGGAUCUUUGACGAAGUAGCUGCCGCUCGACCCCUGCGAGAUCCUCUGCGGGUAAACGCCGUUCUCGAUCGCCUGCUCGGCCCGCAAGACAACGUCGGUGAAUUCGGGGUCCUCGGGGAAGUGGUUGAGGUCGGGGCCCUGGCAGCUGGGGCUCUGCGGGUGCUCGGAGCAGCUGUCGCCCGGGAUUAGGCAGCUCAGGAGCGGCUCCUUCUCCGGAUACAAGAGCAGCAGCGAGGAGGAAGAACCCAGCUCCGAGUCGUCGUCUCCGUCAGCCUCCUCCCGCUCGGCCCGGGGCACGAAGCGGACGGCUGCCCCCGGUUUACCCCCACGCCUGGCGAAGCGGAGAGGAUGAGCGGCGGCAGCGGUAUCGAGACCCUGACCGGAGGCCGCGUCCCCGCCGCCUACCGACAGCCGCUCGAGCACCGGCCGUUGACCCCUCGACGCGAGCUCGUCCAUUCGAUUGUGAUGUAAUAGGGGGGGGCAGGGCCACACACCUUCGCCGCCCAAGAAUCCGUUUGUACCCACCUCCUGCGCGAGCGCGGCCGAGACCGCUUCCAGUCGGCAGAAUGAGAACCGCCCAUGCGCGAGCUCUGUGCGGGACGCGAUCGACCAGCUGGGAUUCUUAGGGUGUCCACAUUGCAAUGUUGCAAUGAAUCCUGAAAACUUCUCUUUAAGUGAACAGAUUGUCUCUCCUUCCUACAUUCGGCAAGGUUCACAGGCUCGUCGCACACAUGAGCACUUAAUUCGACUUCUAAUAGAAAAGGGUAAAUGCCCAGAAGAUGGAUGGGAUGACAGUACUAUUGAGCUUUUCCUACAUGAACUGGCUAUUAUGGACAGCAAUAACUUCAUCGGUAAUUGUGGAGUUGGCGAGAGGGAAGGAAGAGUGGCCUCAAACCUAGUUGCUAGAAGACACUAUAGGUUGAUGCAUGGAAUUGGAAGAUCAGGUGACAUUGCAGCUAUUCAGCCCAAAGCAGCGGGAUCCAGUCUCCUGAACAAAAUUACAAACUCUGUAGUACUGGACAUUCUUCGAGCUGCAGGUGUUCGAACUGUUUCUACCUGUUUUGUCGUUCCAAUGGCAACAGGAAUGAGCCUGACUCUCUGCUUCCUUGCACUGCGCCACAGGAGACCCAAAGCAAAGUUUAUCAUAUGGCCAAGGAUUGAUCAAAAAUCAUGCUUCAAAUCCAUGAUCACUGCAGGUUUUGAACCUGUGGUGAUUGAGAAUCUGCUUGAAGGCGAUGAAUUGCGCACAGAUCUGCAGACUGUUGAGAGCAAAAUCCAACAGCUUGGAGCAAAAAAUAUCCUUUGUGUUCAUUCCACUACCUCCUGUUUUGCCCCAAGGGCUCCUGACAGACUGGAAGAACUGGCUCAGAUUUGUGCAAAAUAUGAUAUCCCUCACAUAGUCAAUAAUGCUUAUGGAGUACAGUUGUCCAAGUGUAUGCACCUUAUUCAACAGGGGGCACGAAUUGGCCGCAUUGAUGCUUUUGUGCAGAGCUUGGACAAAAAUUUCAUGGUUCCAGUUGGUGGUGCUAUAGUAGCAGGUUUUGAUGAUGUCUUCAUAAAUGAAAUCAGCAAAAUGUACCCAGGCCGAGCCUCGGCAUCGCCCUCAACAGAUGUUCUUAUCACGUUGCUAUCGCUUGGUCUGAAUGGCUAUAAGCGUCUCUUAAAAGAAAGGAAGGAAAUGUUCUCUUACCUUUCAACUGAAUUAAAGAAGUUGUCUGAAGCUCACGAUGAAAGGCUUCUGGGGACUCCAAACAAUGCUAUUUCUUUAGCAAUGUCCUUGAAAAGAUUCCAUAAACGCAAUGAUAAGGCUGUCACACAGCUUGGAUCUAUGCUUUUCACCAGACUAGUAUCUGGAGCCAGAGUUGUUCCUGUUGGCUCAGAACAAACUAUAAACGGAUAUACUUUCCAAGGAUUUAUGUCACACACUAAUCGCUAUCCAUGCCCUUAUCUGAAUGCUGCAUCAGCAGUUGGAAUAAAAAGACAAGAUGUGGAUCUGUUUAUUAAGAAACUAGACAAGUGUCUCAAGAUCCUCCUGAAAGAGAAAGACAUUUCAGGAGCUGAAAUGGACAUUGAAAAAGAAAUGUCAGCAAAUAUUGAAGACGAUGAUACAGCAGAAUUGAUGGAAAAUGUUCAAAUUGGUCUAAAAAUCCCGACAGAUAUGGUAAAUCAUCCUGUUCGACACCCUUUUAAUUAGCCAAGUACUUCCAGCUCAAUGCAGAGUUGAACUUGCAGAAGUGUAUGACUGAAAAAUAUAAUAAAAAAUGUCAUUAUACUUCAUCUUUGGUAUGAAUAAUUGUUGAUCAGCUUAAGAGGGAAUUAUGUUAUGAUUUGGAGUACUAUCUGAGGAAUUAAUGGUAACAUAACUGUUUUCUGAGUGAUGAAAACAAUAAAAUGACCAGGGUUUGUUGUUAAGAAUCCAUUGCAAAUGGGAUAUGUUAACCAACAAUAUGUACGUCUUCUGGAGAUAAAGUUAAAUUGAUUUUAUUGGGAAACUGAAGAAAAUAAUUAAAAAUAUUUUGAAUUUGCUCUGACACUCAGAUUAUCUCAAGCAUUUUGAUGGUGGAGGUAUUGCAUUUGAUACUGCAAUGUUUUCAAUGUUAAUUACAAGCUGUUAUAUUAAUAUAUGUAAACAUUUAACUUGUAAGUGUAAAUAAUAUUUUGCAAAAGGAUGGAUGGGAAUUAUCUAUAUUUUUUCUGCUCAUAAGAUGAGAGUUGAAAGCAUUUUUGAUGUAUUGCCUUAUACCUGAGUUACUUUAGUAAACCACUUCUAUUCUUUGCACUAGUCAAUAUAAAGCCUUUGCUCUUCAGAUGCUUGUGAAAUCAAACUCACUAAAGAUCGAUUAGGUAAAAACCAGCCUAGUUUCGCUUGAGACCCUUAAUAAGCAAUACUGACAAAGUUAAUAUCUCAAAGUAAGUUAUCAUUCAGCAACUUGAUUGAAGACCAGAGCCUUGAGUCCAAUUGAGACUGAACUGCUCACAGGCUAAGUUGUUGAUUCCUAGCCUACAGCAUGGAUGUCAGAUGUAUUUCAACAAAAAUAAAAUUAUGGUUUAAAAAAACAUAAUUGUUUUGCAGAAAUUCAAUUAGCCCUAGAAAGCUGUCUGCUGUUUUGAGAUGAAAGAAAUCUGAUAUUAUCAGAUCUGCAGGUGGUAACUCUAUAUAUUUCAUUCAUGUUCUAAGUCCCUAAAGAAAAAUGACAGAAUACAUAGAACAUAGAACAUAGGAAAGUACAACACAGAACAGGCCCUUUGGCCCACGAUGUUGUGCUGAGGUUUCAUCCUAAUGUAAAAAAUAAUAACUUAACCUAUGCACCCCUCAACUCACUGCUCUCCAUGUGCCUGUCCAGCAGUCUCUUAAAUGUCCCUAAUGACUCUGCUACCACCACCACAGCUGGCAAUGCAUUCCAUGCAUUUACAGCUCUCUGCUAAAAAACCUAUCUCUGAUGUCGCCUCUAUACCUUUCCCCUAAUAUCUUAAAACUAUGACCCCUUGUACUUGUCAGUCCUGCCCUGGGGAAAAGUCUCUGGCUGUUGACUCUAUCUCUUCCUCUCAUUAUCUUGUAUACCUUGAUCAGGUCUCCUCUCUUCCUCCUUCUCUCCAGAGAGAAAAGUCCCAGUUUUUUCAACCUUGCUUCAUAAGGUGAGCCCUCCAGUCCAGGCAGCAUCCUGGUAAACCUUCUUUGCACCCUAUCCAAUGCCUCUUAUCUUUCCUAUAGUAGGGCGACCAGAACUGGACACAGUAUUCCAAGUGGGUCUCACCAGGGACUUGUAGAGCUUAGCAAAACCUCACGGCUCUUAAACUUGAUCCACCUGUUAAUGAAAGCCAAAACACCCUGUGCUUUCUUAACAACCCUAUCCACUUGGGUGGCAACUUUAAGGGAUCUAUGUACUUGCACACCAAGAUCCCUCUGUUCCUCCACACUAUCAAGAAUCCUGUCUUUAAUCCUAUAUUCAGCAUUCAAGUUCGACCUUCCAAAAUGCAUCACUUUGCAUUUAUCCAGGUUGAAUUCCAUCUGCCAUUUCUCAGCCCAGUUUUGCAUCCUGUCUAUGUCACGCUGCAGCCUACAAUAACCCUCGAUACUAUCGACGACACCUCCAACCUUUGUGUCAUCUGGAAUUUUACUAACCCAUCCCUCAACCUCCUCAUCCAAGUCAUUUAUAAAAACUACAAAGAGCAAAGACCUAGGAACAGAGCCCUGCGGGACCCCACUCAACACUGUCUUCCAGGCAGAAUACUCUCCAUCCACAACCACUCUCUGCCUUCUGUCAGCCAGUCAAUUCUGAAUCUAGAUACCUAAAUCUCCCUGUAUCCAUUCCUUCCUGACUUUAUGAAUGAGCAUACCUUGGGGAACCUUAUCAAGUGCCUUGCACAAGUCCAUAUACACCACAUGCACUACUCGACCUUCGUCGACCUGUCUUGUCACCACCUUGAAGAACUCAAUAAGAUUUGUGAGGCAUGACCAGCCCCUCACAAAGCCAUGCUGACUGCCUUUAAUCACGCCUUGAUUUGCCAAAUAGUCAUAGAUCCUAUCCCUCAGAAUUCUUUCCAAAACUUUGCUGACCACAGACGUAAGUCUGACUGGCCUGUAAUUGCCAGGGAUUUCCCUAUUACCCUUCUUGAAAAGAGGAACAACAUUCGCCUCUUUUCAAUCCUCUGGUACAACUCCCAGGGAGAGUGAGGAGACAAAGAUCUUUGCCAGCAGCUUAGCAGCUCCCUUUCUCGCUUCCUGGAGCAACCCAGGAUAAAUCUGGUCUGGCCCUGGGGACUUAUCAGUCUUAAUGUUUUCCAAAAUUUUUAGCACAUCAACUUCAUCAAUCUUGAUCUGGUCAAGUCUGUAUC